AGUGAAGUGGAAAAAGCUGUGAAAGAAGAGUACAAAAUCAAUCAGCAGUUGAACAGAGCAGUAGCCGAGACGCUAAAGCAGGAAAUUAAUGAGCCCCAAUCACAAGCUAACAUUUUGCCUAGUUUUGGGAUUGAUGAGAAACUGGUCCAGUUGGAAGUGGCAGCCUCGGUAACUCCCAUCCAAGCCAGCUCAGUGGCAGAGGAGAUGCAGGAACAUGUCAAAAAGCUGGCUGCAGUCGAUUCCUUGAUGCAGACUAGAUCGGACGUGAACAAAUCUUUGGAUGGAAUAGCAGACUCUGUCUUCGAAAUUGCCGCUGAGAACUCAAUUGAUCUCACUUCCAAGCAUCCUAGAAAUUUCUCGUUAACUGAUGACAAGCUUCAGGCCACAAUUAGAGCCGUUAAUGAAGCUCUUUUGUCUCCGCUGGCUACAGGGAACUCCAGAGCUGAGCUAAAUCAACUUCAGUCGCAGCUGACGAGUAGUAUAGACAGAUGCUCACAGCUGGAACAGAAUACGGAAGAAGCGCUUGCUUCGUACAGCAUAGUCUGCCUUCACGAGGGAAUUAGUCCCAUAAACAACAAUAACAUCAGCAGAUCUCAAUUUAAAGACACGAUUGAUGAAAAUGUUCAAAAAUUGGAAGAAGCUUCAAAACAGUUGCCAACCGACUUGCGACUUAAAAUUGACGAAGAUAUCAAAGAAGUCAAAAACAGGAAAACAUAUUUAGACGAUUCUGUUCAAAUCCUACUGGACGACAUUUUUGCAACAUGCGAACCGCAAAUGACCUCCAGAGAAAUGGAACAACUAUCCGCUCAGGUGAAAGAGUGUGCAACUGUGACCUCCGUCGCAUCCCUUCUUCAGUCCAGAUCAGUGGAACUUACGCCAGUACAAAAGAAGUCACUCGCCAAACUGAUAUCCGACGAGAAUUAUCUGAAAGCGAAGGUUGCAGAGUCUUUGGGGAGUAACGUAGCGAGCCUACUCGGCAAAGGAGAUCGCAUUCCGGUGGCCUUGAUUGAGACACUUGGACAACCUCAUACAAUUCAGGCUGUUUCUGAAGCUCAGGCGACUCUAAUGAGAAUCCCAAUGUCAUCUGAAAAUUCUGACAGACUCUCCGAUAUCAAGUCGAGGAGUGAAGAAUUGGUUGAACAGAUGAACGAGUUGAACACCCGAAUAGAAAGUGCGGCCAUUGGCAUCAUAAACAGUAACGAAUUCCUUGCACAGUCGCCUCAACUUCUCACCUCAUUGAAAUCGAGUCAUAGCCCUGAGGAAAAAUUGAAGAUGCUUCUCAGUGCUACGGAAGAAAUCAACCUGAACAACAAAGAACGGAACGAACUAUGCAAGCUAAUUGAAUUGAUGCACCUUGUGGAUAACGAAGCGCUAAAAUUGAAGACAGAUUGUGAUCGCGAAACAGUCAACUCAAUCAAACAAAAUGCACACUUAGAUGGAAGAUCGAACAAAACUUCACCAAUUAUCGAAGAAAAUUUCAUCGAGUCGAAAAAGUUGAACACAAUUGCACAAGCUGUUACUCCAGGCAAACCAGCAUCAAUCAAUAAGCUCCCGAGAGACGAAGUGGACAGCAUAUUGGGUCAAUCAAGGGUCGGUGACAAGCUUGAGUCGUCCGAGUCCAGUCGGAAAAUGCAGAAGGAGAAUAUGCUGCUGAAUACCAGGGUGCUGGAACUGCAAAGUGUGCUAGAGAAAACAAUGAACGAGGGCAAAAAACAUUUUUCCGACGCCAGUAAACACGACAAGCUAGUUCGCCAACUGUACAACGAAAACGCCGAACUGGCUAAACGAUUGGUUCACAUUGAGAAAAAGUCAAAACAAGAAGGCGGCGAAAGAGAGAGGCUAGACGAGAAACACAGGGCGCUUCUGAAACUCUUCAGACAAGUCUGUCAAGCUGCUUCCUCGGAGUAGAUUAAAUUUUGUACAUCUGUAUUUUGACAAAAAAAGUUUUAUGUUAAUCAUCAAGAUAAAAACUCAUUUUAUUGACUUAUUGA